CAGUUGUACUUCGCAAUUUCAUGUUUUUACUUAUCGCUUCUUUGCAAUAAUUUAAACAUAAUAAAAAUAAAAGCUGUUUAAUCACAAAUAUUAUAAAAAAGUUAACAAAAGGAAUAUAAAUGGUUUUGUCCACCGUAAAGAAUCUAUAACAAACUAAUUUGUUUGAAAUUGUACUCAGUUUGGUUUUGACCAGAGCAGCAAAAACAACACAAAAUACAAACUAUUUAGAAAAAAUGGCCGCUGAACAAUUACGUUAUGAUGGACGUGUUGCUAUUGUGACUGGUGCCGGUGCUGGUCUCGGUCGUGAAUACGCUUUGCUUUUGGCCUCUCGUGGCGCCAAAGUAGUUGUUAAUGAUUUGGGUGGUGCCCACAAUGGUGAAGGAGCCUCCAACCGUGCAGCCGAUUUGGUUGUCAAUGAAAUUAAAGCCAAAGGUGGUGAGGCUGUUGCCAACUACAAUUCUGUGGUAGAUGGUGAUAAAGUGGUUGAAACCGCCAUUAGCACUUAUGGGCGUGUGGACAUUAUCAUCAAUAAUGCUGGUAUUUUACGUGAUCGUAGCAUCUUGAAGACCUCCGAACAGGAUUGGAAUUUGGUGAAUGAUGUCCAUUUGAAGGGCAGUUUUAAGGUGACUCAAGCUGCUUGGCCUCAUAUGAAGAAACAAAACUAUGGUCGCAUUAUUAUGACUUCUUCGAAUUCGGGUAUUUAUGGUAAUUUUGGUCAAGCCAAUUACUCAGCUGCCAAAAUGGGUUUGGUGGGUUUGGCCAACACUGCAGCCAUCGAAGGUGCCAAAAAUAAUAUACACUGCAAUGUUAUUGUACCAACUGCAGCCAGUCGUAUGACUGAGGGCAUUUUACCCGACAUCUUGUUCAAUGAAUUGAAACCUCAAUUGAUUGCCCCAGUCGUGGCCUAUUUGUGUCAUGAAUCCUGUGAAGAUAGCGGUUCUUAUAUUGAAAGUGCUGCUGGGUGGGCUACCAAGGUGCAUAUGGUCCGCGGUAAGGGUUGCGUACUCCGCACUUCUAUCGAACAAGACACAAUCACUCCUGAAUAUGUCAAGAGCGUUUGGUCCAAAGUCACUGAUAUGAGUGAUGCUAAACACUUGAAUGCCAUUGGUGAGGCCUCCGGCACUUUGCUUGAGGUUUUGGAAAAUCUUAAAGAUGGAAAAAUUGGUGGCAUUGAGGAUACCUUUAAUUUUGCUUCUAAGGAUUUAAUUUUGUAUGCUUUGGGUAUUGGUGCUACCGUCAAGAAUCCCAGUGACUUGAAAUUCUUAUAUGAAAAUGAUCCCGACUUCACAGCAAUUCCUUCGUACUUUGUUAUGCCCGGUCUCAUGCUAAGCAUGACCUCCAGUUUGGUAUCUAGUGCCUUGCCUGAAGGCAAAGCUGACUUAACCAACAUUUUGCAUGGUGAACAAUAUUUGGAAAUUUGCGAUGAUAUUCCCACUAGCGGCAAAUUGAACACCAAUGGCACAGUUUUUGAUGUUAUGGAUAAGGGAUCUGGAGCUUUAGUUGUUACCAGUUGCGAUUCUUAUGAUGAGAAUGGCCGUUUGUUGGUUAAAAAUCAAAGCUCCAUCUUUGUUGUCGGUGCCGGUAAAUUCGGUGGCAAAAAGAAUCCCAAGGUGGGUGUUGUGCCCACUGUUCCCAAUCCUAGUCGUAAACCCGAUGCUUCUAUUCAAUAUAAAACCACUGAAGAUCAAGCUGCUCUAUACCGUUUGUCUGGUGACUUAAAUCCCCUACACAUUGAUCCCAACUUUGCUGCCAUUGCUGGAUUUAAAACUCCCAUAUUGCACGGUCUCUGCUCAUUGGGUUUCUCCGUACGCGCUGUUUUAGCCAAAUAUGCCAACAAUAAUUCCGCUCUUUUCAAGGCAGUAAAAGUACGUUUUGCAGCUCCCGUAUUGCCCGGACAAACUUUAAAGGUUGACAUGUGGAAAGAAGGUAAACGCAUUCACUUCAAGACCAGCAUUGUUGAAACCGGCAAGGAUGUCAUCACCGGAGCUUAUGUUGAUCUUAAAGAUACUGCUGCUAAAUUGUAAAUACUUUAAAAGUGCAUAAUAUCCCUUUAUACAUUCAUAUUUCACUUGUAAUAAGCGAAUAAUUUCGUUUGUUUAGGUUGUUGGUUUUAGACUGGUUUAAGAUAUAUAUUUGUUUGUAUUUCUAUUCGAAAAUUAUUUUAAAUAAAAGUAAAUUAUUUUUUUAAA